GGACCCUGCGGGAGCGCAGCACACUCUCGGGCUCCACACUCCCCGGGAAACAGCUGGACGCGACCAUAUCCUGGGCAGGGGCAGGGGGAGCGCAGCGCUCCGCCCCGCCGCGCAGCUCCCUCCCCUCGCCCGGCUCUCCGCAGGCGCCCUCCCCGCACCGGGGACUGUGAGUUGCAUUUGGUAAAACCCAGCCCCGGAAUAUAUAGAUCCUGGGGAGCGCAAUGAAGUAGCCUUUGGAGAGAGCAGGGAGCGGGCCCAGCCAACAGCCCCAGAGGCCAGCGCAGCGGCAGCCCCAGCGGUAGCGGAGGCACCAUCAUCACCACUUGCACCCGAGCCGCCCGGCCGAGAUCCGGCAGCCGAGGAGGAGCCGAGAAGGCGGCCGGAGCAGCACGGAGCGGCUCGGAGGAGGAGCAGAGGCGCGCGGCCAGCAGCCGGUGGGUCCACGCAUCUCGGCACUUCCCGGCCAACUCCAGGCGCCUUGCGCGCCCCCGCCCCGGGCUGGGGGGACUCUGUCAGCCUCCUUGAAGCCAGCCGAGUCCUACCCAACCGUGCCUAGCAUCUCCCCGGCUCUGGUUCGUGUGGUGGCAGGGUCUCUGUUGCUGUGCUCCGGGGCGUACCUCCCGGACACCGGGUGCCCGCAGUCAGGACAAAGCCAUGAAGCCGGCGCUGCUGGAAGUGAUGAGGAUGAAUCGAAUUUGCCGGAUGGUGCUGGCCACUUGCUUGGGAUCCUUUAUCCUGGUCAUCUUCUAUUUCCAAAGUAUGUUGCACCCAGUCAUGCGGCGGAAUGCCUUUGGCGUGGACAUCUGCUGCCGGAAGGGGUCGCGCAGUCCCCUGCAGGAGCUCUACAAUCCUAUCCAGCUGGAGCUCUCCAACGCCGCUGUCCUGCACCAGAUGAGGCGGGACCAGGUGGCAGACACGUGCCGGGCCAACAGCGCUGCGAGCCGCAAGCGGCGGGUGCUGACCCCCAACGACCUGAAGCACCUAGUGGUGGAUGAGGACCACGAACUCAUCUACUGCUACGUGCCCAAGGUGGCGUGCACCAACUGGAAGCGGCUCAUGAUGGUCCUGAGCGGGCGGGGCAAGUACAGUGACCCCAUGGAGAUCCCUGCUAACGAGGCCCACGUGUCCGCCAACCUCAAGACCCUGAAUCAGUACAGCAUCCCCGAGAUCAACCACCGCUUGAAAAGCUACAUGAAGUUCCUGUUCGUGCGGGAGCCCUUCGAGAGGCUGGUGUCCGCUUACCGCAACAAGUUCACGCAGAAGUACAACACCUCCUUCCACAAGCGCUACGGCACCAAGAUCAUCAAACGGCAGCGCAAGAACGCCACGCAGGAGGCCUUGCGCAAAGGGGAUGACGUCAAGUUCGAGGAAUUUGUGGCCUAUCUCAUCGACCCACACACGCAGCGGGAGGAACCCUUCAACGAACACUGGCAGACCGUCUACUCCCUCUGCCACCCCUGCCACAUCCACUACGACCUCGUGGGCAAGUACGAGACGCUGGAGGAGGACUCCAACUAUGUCCUGCAGCUGGCGGGGGUGGGCGGCUACCUUAAGUUCCCCACCUACGCCAAGUCCACGAGAACUACUGAUGAAAUGACCACAGAGUUCUUCCAGAACAUCAGCUCAGAGCACCAGACGCAGCUCUACGAGGUCUACAAACUUGAUUUUUUAAUGUUCAAUUACUCAGUGCCAAGCUACCUGAAACUGGAGUGACCCCGGGCCCGGCGGGGAGCGAGGGAGGAAGAGGCGAGAGUCGUGGUUGUUGGGUCUUUUGGUUUGGUUUGUUUUUUAAUUUAAGAUUUUUAUUUGUCAAAAGAAGUCUAUGGAUCCUGGGUUAUUUUGUAAAUUAAGAUUUCUCUGGGGCGGGGCGGGAGGGGAGUGAUGCUGCGAGCAGCAUGGUGAGAAUUAUUUAAACUCCCGCGUGGGGAAGAACGGUGUUCCCCGCGGGAGAAAGAGGAUGGCUUGUCCUUGUUUUAGAAGUGAACGCUGCAACACUGUCUCAACGGUUUCCUGGUGUUCUGGUGAAUUCCAUGAACUGUGUGUUCCAUUCAUUCUAAUUAAUAUUAUUUAUAGUUAUUUAAACAGUCUCCGUAGCUCUCUCUCUCUCUGGGUGUGGCAGCAGCACGCGCCUCAUGCCUUUCCAGAAGAAAUAUUCCUCCCAUGCUUGGCUCGCUCCUGCAUGUCCAGGGAUGUGAGCAUGCUCCUUACUAACCUCUCUUUUUAGAGUGACAGGACAGCAGCCGAUGUGCUGGGCCCGGGUGCCCACGUGCCCACGUGCCGGGAAUUCUAGGGAUAGCCAGGUUGCCACUGCACUUGUCAGGAGGCAUCGAUGCCAGGGAUUCGUUCCUGAACUGUUUCAGUCGGCUCUAAAGCCCUUUGCACUAAAGAAAUGUGAUUAAAAAAAAAAAAAACCCUAUGAGGAGAGGUGAGUGUAGCAACUUUUUUCCAUCAGA